AUGGCGACACAAAUGGAGAUCCUAAAUCGAACUCAUUCUCUUCUCACAAAAUCCAAAUCAACCAACAUCACAAUCAAAACCAUUUCAACUUUCCCAUUUCUCAAUCAAGAACCUGAACUCACAAAACCAACACCUUCAUCUCUUCCUCCAAAUCCCGCUUCAGGAAGCCCACUCUACAACGAGAAUUGGCGAAACCCUAUCCCAAAACCCCCAUCUUCAAACUCAAACGCGGUAGCUCCGUUUGGUCUUGUCACACGUGCUUCACUCUCUGAAACCUACGAUUCCCACACGCUUCUCAACAUCUUCGACAAUUGGAUGGCUUCACAAUAG